AUGAGUGGCGAUGGGAAACAGCUGGCUAUCGCCUAUGGCCUUGAUGUCGCCUUGGUCAAUAAUCCUUUUGAGCGCACAUUAGUAUCUCUGGCGGUUCCACGACAUGCAUCCACUCUCUACCUUAUGGACUACCCUAUUCCCAGAGGGCUGUAUUUCCUUGAUAAUGACCACAUUCUGGUGGUUUUUUUCGGUCAAUGCGGAAUUAUAGCCUUUUCCCGACAUACCAAUAGACCUGCCUGGAGCAUACCUAUAUCCAGUAACUCUCUCGUGGCAUCCUCAGCUCUUUCUCCGUCUGGAGAGCGUCUUGCCAUCAAAACAGUCAAUCACACGAUCGAGUGGUAUUCAAUCUCACAUCAAAAACGUUUAUCAACAACUGUUAUUUCCAGACGCAAUGAUAUUGCCAACUCAUUAGUCGACAUGACCUUUCUGGACGAAGACACUGUCAUUGUGGGACAUGACUCUGGAUGCGUGAUCCUGGCUUCCUACGGCAUGGAGGACCCUACGGGCAUCUUUAACACGGACGAUUUCGAAUGCAUGCCAAUACAGGCGCUAACUUGUGGUGUGCCCAAAGGCACUGAGCGACCCCUCAUACUUGCGGUCGCAAGGAGGAUGCUUCCGGACACCCUCGACUUCGCCUACAACUCUGUCAUCCAUGUUGGGGAAAUUGAUACCCCUGCCCAACUUCCUUAUUACCAGCCCACCAUGGACUCAGACAAGGAUCGCUCCGGGGCAGAAUCAAAGAAGUUUGAGUCCCUGCUUUAUUCGAAUUUGCCACUUGCCACCAUUGUGGGAGUAGCAGGAAUGGCAAUUUUCUUUGGUGUUCGUCUUUUAUCCAACCCAACUGAUACAGGACCGACGAUUGUGACCCCAUCCUUCGCUACGAACACAUUGUAUUCUACCGUCACUGAGACUGCACAUGUCUCUGCGCAUGCAGAGAACAUUACCUGGUUUGUCACACAAGUGGAGACAUCUCACUUCACCGUCACAACGACCGCUCACUCAACAUCGACGGAGACAGCUUACUCGACAGAGACUGUCCAAUCCACGGUGACAGAGACCAUCACUUCGGAAAAUAAAGUCACGGAUAUUUUGACGCGAUUUGUUCCAGCGUCCACAACCGCCACGUCUACUUCGACUAUCACAAGUACCGCCGUUGUUCAGUGCGACACUGGUGUAUCGUGUAUCUGCCCUCUGUCUGGCACAAUUGAAGCAGUCGCUACGCCUAGGGGUGCCUAA